AUGGGAAACGACUCCUUCGUCAUUGCCGAGGGAAUGGCUCCGCCACAAAGGAUCCUCUUUCCCCCGGAGAAGAUUUGCAUGGAGUGGCAGCGACGACAGAGAGCUGGAGCGGGACUCCACAACCUGGGCAAUACGUGCUUCCUCAACUCCGUCCUGCAGUGCCUGACGUACACACCCCCUCUGGCCAACUACCUGCUCUCUCGGGAGCACAGCCAGUCGUGUCGUCAGCAAGGCUUCUGCAUGAUGUGCAUAAUGGAAGCGCACGUUAACAAGGUCCUGUAUUUCUCAACCAGUGCCAUCCAGCCUUGGGCUGUCAUCAGAGUUCUCACGCGAAUAGGAGAACAUUUCCAGGUUGGCAUGCAGGAAGACGCCCACGAGUUCUUACGCUACACUGUCAAUGCCAUGCAGAGAGCUUGUCUGAGUGGAAGUAGCGACUUGGACAUCUCUUCUCAAGCAACUACCAUUGUCCAUCAAAUAUUUGCGGGCGUUCUGAGAUCCAGAGUCACGUGCGUGAGCUGCAAAGGGGUGUCCGAUUCCUACGAGGCCUUCCUGGAUGUUCCUUUGGAUAUCAAAGCAGCCUCAUCUGUCACCGCAGCUCUGGAGGACUUUGUGAAACCUGAGCAGCUGGAUGGCGAAAACUGCUUUAAAUGUGGCAAGUGUGACAAGACGGUUGACGCCUCCAAGAGGUUUACAAUCCACCGCGCGCCCAAGGUUCUCACCGUGUGCCUGAAAAGGUUUGAAGCUUUCACCGGCGCGAAGAUCAGCAAGGUUGUGGCGUAUCCCGAGUACUUGGAUCUUCGGCCAUACACGUCUCAGACAGCUGGAGAACCGCUCCUCUACGCCUUAUUUGCUGUCCUGGUACAUACCGGUGGCAGCUGUCACGCAGGACACUAUUUCUGCUACACAAAGGCCAGCAAUGGACUGUGGUACAAGAUGGACGAUACGGCUGUGGAUGUUCGUGGCAUCGACACAGUUCUCAAGCAGCAAGCCUAUUUGCUGUUUUAUGUCAGGCGCUCUGAUUUGAAAAUUGGAGAAAGGGCUUCUUCCUCACCGGCACCAUCAUAUGCCCGUUCCUUCCUCAGUCAGUGGGCGGCUGGCAGCAAGCCGACGCGUUCUGUGGACCCACAGGGUCUGCCUCGUAGGACUAAGGACGUGGCGGUGGGCACGGAGGACGCUCCAGAGGCCAGCGGCUCCUCUGCAACAGCCAGCAAGAGCCAGCUAAGGAGGAGGAGGAGAACUGGUCCUCCAAUUCGUGACCACGCUCCCAGGGAUCACGCAGCUCCAGGGCCCUCCAACAGCAGCUCCCGGUUGGCUCGCACACCCAGGACUGCUCGGGAGCAAACCCUGCUGAGGGAGAGAGAGCGGAGCAGAUCCCCGCGGCGGGGCUAUGUUCUCCGCAGCCGGUUCGUGGAGUACACGGACUACCACUGCUCAGCGAUGAGGAGGUGGAGGACAAGUCCUCCAUGUCGUGACCGAGCCCCAGGGGAUGAUGCAGCUCCAGGGCCCUCCAAUGCCAGCUCCCAGUUGGCUCGCACACCCAGGACUGCUCGGGAGCAAACCCUGCAGAGGCGGAGAGAGCGGAGCAGAUCCCCGCGGUGGGGCUACGAUCACCGCAGCUGGUUUGUGGUCACUAUGGACUAUGACCCCUCAGCGGAGGGGAGGAGGAGGAGGGUUUCAGCGCCCCAGAGGUGCACAUCAGAAAAACCUUCGGGGCGUGUCGGUUGUGACAGGAGCAGAUUGUGA